CCUCCCCAUCCGAGGGCAAAUGCAAAUCCCUGCAAUAUCCCACUGGGGCGGACUCACUGCUGCGGGGCUUGCCAGGGAGCCGGCACAUUGCUGAGCGCAAGGAGCAGCCCGCCGGGCUAGCAAACGCCCGGGGACCAGCGUGCGUGGCCAGGCAGAGCCCAGCUCCUCCAGCAGCCCGCUGCUGCCGUGCACUGAGCGCAGGGCUGGUGUGGGAGGGAUAACUCAUCCCAGAGCCAGAGCCAGAGGUGUCGGACGGAAAGAGCUCGCCGCAGAGGCAAACUUCACUGCCAGUGCCGCCUUCCUGGAAUUGCCGGGGACAUCCAGGAGGUGGGAAACCUUUUGAGAGGAGAGCCUUUUUCCCUCAGCAGGAUCAUGACUCGGGGGUUUCGGUACAGCCUCUUUCUGUUGCUGUUCCUCGUGGCAUGCCAGGAGGCGCGGGCUUCCCAGAACUGCCUAAACAAGCAGCAGCUCCUGGCUGCCAUCCGCCAGAUGCAGCAGCUGCUGAAGGGGCAGGAGACGCGCUUCACUGAGGGCAUCCGCAUGAUGAAGAGUCGGCUGACUACACUGCAGAACACAGUGACCAAAGCUGCCCUGGACCCUCCUGCUGUGUCCUGCCCUGCCCUACUAGCUCCUGUGGAUGGACGGAAGUUUGGUACGAAGUAUUUGGUGGACCAUGAAAUCCACUUCACCUGCAACCCAGGCUUUGAACUCCUGGGCUCCAGCACACGGAUAUGCCAGGCAAAUGGCAGCUGGACUGGAGAGGAACCUCAAUGCAAAGGUAUCAGUAAGUGCUCUAGUCACCCAUGUCAGAACGGCGGGACGUGCGUGGAUGGCCAGAACCAGUACGAGUGCCUCUGCCCACAGGACUGGACCGGAGUGAACUGCCAGUAUCAAACGCAGACGGUGCCCCCCACCCGGAGCGUCACCAAUGACCCUGCUUUCAGCCGCAAGCCCCGGUGUGCUAAGACUGACCGGACCCAGCACUGCAGCUGCGAGGCAGGUUUCCACAUGAGCGGCACGGUGGACAACGGCAUGUGCCAGGACAUCGAUGAGUGUGAGGUCUACAAGCUGGAGGGGGCCCCUCGCCUCUGCAUGCACACCUGCAUCAACAUCCCCGGUUCCUAUCGUUGCGCCUGCCCCCAUGGCUACAACCUCCUCAGCGAUGGGAAAAGCUGCGAAGACAUAGAUGAAUGCGCUCUGUCCCAAAAUAACUGCACAAGGGGGACCACAUGCAUCAACACAGGAGGGGGCUUUCAGUGCGUCAGCUCAGAGUGUCCCCAGUCCAGUGGCAACAUCAGCUAUGUGAAAACAUCGCCCUUCCAGUGUGAACGCAAUCCCUGCCCAAUGGACAGCAGAGCCUGCCACCAUGCACCCAAAACCAUCUCUUUCCACUACCUCCCCCUGCCAUCUAACCUGAUAACUCCUACUCCCCUCUUCCGCAUGGCGACCGCCUCUGCUCCCGGCCGGCCAGGGCCGGACAGUCUGCGCUUUGGGAUUGUGGGAGGCAAUAACAGAGGGCACUUCGUGAUGCAACGGUCAGACAGACAGACCGGGGAGCUGAUCCUCGUGCAAAGCCUGAAGGGCCCCCAGACAAUAGAAGUGGAUGUGGACAUGUCCGAGUACCUGGACCGUGCUUUCCAGGCAAAGCACAUGUCCAAAAUCACAGUCUUUGUGUCUCCCUAUGAGUUCUAGAGGAGGCAGGGAGUGGCAGCCAGAAAGCCAGCAGCUCGUGGCUGGUCCUGCCCAUCCACCACCUUCUCCUAGCACUUGUGCAAAUGAAAUGAACUGCCUUCGUCACCUAAUAACCACCUGUGCCCUGGGAGAGCACCAGCAAACAGUGAGAGGCCAUGGCACUGUAAUUGCUCAGAGAAGCACAGCCUUCAAAGCCCAGACCAAAGAGAUGAGGGUACCUGAGGUGACUUCAGCAUUUGGAUGAUCUCACAAGCUUGCUUGUUCUCAUAAUGACAUUCCCUUUUCAGCAUCUUCUGCAACUCACACAGCCAAAAGCCCUAACCCUUGAAGCAGAUGUGUAACAGAGAGGCUUCAGAUGGUAGCUUGAGCAGAAGCCUCUCUGCAGUUAACCAUCUUCUCCUCUAGAUUAAGGUUGUUUUGUCUGAGUCUCCAGGCUGGUUUUACACUCUCAAACAUGGAAAAACAGCAAAUGAAGUGCAAAAGAAAUCAUGUGCUCUCCAAUAACAAGCAGCUGUUCCACCGCAGAAACUUGGCGAACCCUAUGGGUGGGAAUUGCAAUGGGCUAUCUGCUUACUGAGACAAAAGAGAGAGAUGUACUCAUCAGGAGGAAGUAUACCGUGAGGCCUGUGCCAAGUAGGAUUUUAUCUUCUUCCAAGGCUCAGAGAGAUGUCCCAUAGCCUUUGUGCCUCCACAGUGCAGAAAACAGUGGAUGGAAAUUAAAGCCUUUAUUUUCUUUUUAGUACUUCCUUCUGCAAAGUAGUUAAGCUGGUACAGCCAAGAGGAGAAAGGAGAUAGCACAACAGAGCUCAGUCAUAGUGGCUACUACUCUUCAAGCUUGCCCAGGCUUGUUUGUACUGACCACAGCCUAACAAGAGCAUGACUAUGCUCCCCUUUGAAUGAUGAAAAACCUGCAUUAGCCUAUGAGGUGUUCCAGCUGUUUCAACAAAGCAAGGUGGUUCACUUCUCUUAGAGUAGACCAAGACUGGAAAACUACCAGUCUGGACUUACAGCCCGCAGCUAAGAUUUCAGCAUUGCAUAGUGUUCAGGUCUCAGGACACUGGAGAUGGCACCCAGUGAGCUGUAAGACAAUGCUGUCAGUGCAUGUCACUGUAAGACAAUGCUAAAACUAUGGGUUUAGUAUAAAGUAUAUUGCACUUGUAGCCCUCAGUACAUGUAACAAACUCAAGAAGUCAAAAUCCAUUCCAGCCUUUGCUCACAGACUAUUUUCUAAAUAGCAAUUUCAGAGCGAGACCACACGAAAAUCAAGUAGCCAUUUUUCAUUUCACAGAUGGAGGGAAGUAAGUGCUAUCUUCAGCUCUUGAAACAAACUCUGUUCCCAGUUUCUUAUAAAUUCAAGGCAUAACUUUGGGAGUCAGUUAUCCUGAGGAGUCACUGGAGAUGCACAGGGAGGACUUUAUCUGGUAUGCUGUAUAGAAACAGCUGGUGAGAAGUUGCACUUUUCAACUCUUCUUUCAUUAUGAUAGUCCAUGAUCUUAUCCCUAUGAUAAUAUAUCUUGUGUUGCACCUAGCUGGUUCUCAGUAUCCUCUUCAGGAAGAGGACACCAGUGUCAGGCAAAGAAGGGAGAAGUCCAAAGAAGACACACUGGACUUAAGCAGUUGGUAUCACAUGUGAGAAACUGGAACUGGAAAAAGUAGUAAUUGGUGCAAGGAUUGUGAGGACCUAGGGGGGCAGAGCAGCAAGUAGUGCAGAGAAAGAUCAGUUCCUAGGUAGUGACCUCCCAGCCCCUUCAGCCUCUUCAGCUUGGAAAUGUGGGACCAAGUCUUGGCCAAUCUUUGGAGCAUUGUGAGUGUGCCACAAGAAGAGCAAAUGUUACUUGACUGAAGAAUUGUUACACUCUAGAAAUUGCAUACAACUGCACAAAAUCUGCAUGUCCACUCACCCCACCUUACUUUUAACAAGCAGAUUUGGUAUGCCUUCAACCAGCAAAGUGGCCAAGUAUGCUGGGACCAAUAAGCAUCGAAUCAAUGUCAGUAUCUCCUCUGCGCAAUGGAGAGCUUUUUGUCUCAGUGCUUUUGGAAGUGGUUGACCCAAGCACUGUUUUCACCCUGAAGUACAGGCUAGUGGAUAGCACAGUGCUCUGGUCCCCUUCAAGUGUUUUAAACAGCUCCUGCCCCAUGAAGUAGUCAGCCACAAUGCCAAGUGCUGCAGAAUGGCUCAAUCUUCUCCUGCAUUUCCUUUGCAUGAUGAUGGGCUAAGAUCUGUGCUACAGCACGUUCCCAUGUUUCAGCUGAUGGGCAGCAACUCCUUAAACCUCUUGAACAUGGUCAUGCGCAUUCAUCUACCCAAGACCACAGGGAAGGCCUCUGUAAGUUUGUAUGAACGUGUCAUGCAGCAGGCAGAGGGAAACUAUUUCAGCUGCAUUUGGUACUUGCAUUGAGGGAACUCAAGGUGUGAACAUUCCAUUUUUAAUAAACCACUGCCUCCACUGUCAGUUAUGUUUAGGCAGCUCUAGGAAGCACUAGCUCAGAUUCAGCAGUUCAGCUUCUGUUCUUUGCAUAUGCAGACAUAACAACACAUGCACAUGGGGAGGCACCUCUGACUUAUCACCCCUUUCAUCCUUAGGUACCUGUUCCUCAAGUGCAGAGCUUGUGCAUUUUAACCACAAAAACACAAUGUUAUGCAUGUUUCUUUACUAUAAUGGUUUUAAUACAAUUAAAUCAUGAUAUAGCCUUUCAGCAGGUGCAGAAUGGAAUAAAGUACU